GUUCCAAAGUCCCCCUGCACCCUGAGCAGUGGGAGCACGUGGGCCCCCACUGCCACAAGGGCCAUGUUGCCACCAUGGCUGGACAUUUGGCUGCACAAGCAGCCACUGGCAUGCCCCACACACCACUGGGAUGUGCCAGUGCAGUGGCUGCUGCUGCACAAGCUGCUUGUGCAUUCACAAGCAGUGUAGGUACAAGCAAGACCUCAACUCAUCUAGUCCUUUGGCUCCCCUUUGUGAAAUGGGGAUCAGAGCACUUGUUUUGCAGAGGGGCCCUGCAGUUCGGUUCCUGAAUAUAAAGUGGUUUGAGCUGCUGUGGUGGAAGGUGCUGGGAAUGGACAAAGGGGCACCAAUGGCCCAAAACUGACGGAGCCCCAAGCAGUGUUCUCACCCAGUUGCACUGUGUUUGCUAAGCCAAGUGUGUAAUCGGCACACACGGGAGACAUGUUGGCUUGGGCUGUGUCACUCACAGCAGCUCAGAGCACUCUCACUGCGAGCUCGCGCUCCCCAAGAGGGGCUGUCAGCGUCUGCGCAGCCACGGAGGCCGGGUGAGGAGCAGGCGAGGAUGGAGCUGGCGGCGGCGGAAGCGCGAGAUGGGUAUCAUCAGCACACAGCCAUGGCGCCGUCCUCGGAACAGAGAACAUCCAAACCUCCCUCCUCCCCCCACCCCUGCCCGCCAGCUCUCCCAAAUGAAGUCCCAGCUUUGUUUUCCUGAUUUCCAUUUUGUAUCCUAAAAUAUUCACUCCAAGUUCCGCUUGACAGACAGCCCUAAUCUAAUCUCCAUGUCUGCUUUCUAAUUUUCGCAGCCGGGAUAAAACAAAUUGGCUGGCGUUAAUUGCCUGUGCAGCGGCCUGGAGCUCUGAGCCGUGAUUUACGAGCUCGGAGCAGGCGCUCUGCAACACAUUUUUCUUAAUUUAUUUUUAAUGAGUCUCUCAAUUAAUUUUCUUGGAAACAUCUUAAUGAUGUUGGAGGCGGGUGUUAAUGAGGUUUGUACCAGUGCCUCAUUUUGCAUAUUUUAAAGUUCUGAAUGGCAUCAUGAGCAAACUCCUGGUCCUAAAACAGAAAAAAGGUUAAGGCUAGAGAGUGGCACCCACCUGGGCUGACACUGCUGCCCUGGCUGAGGCUGAGGGGCAGCAUGGGCCAGUUGGUGACUGUGAACAUUGCGAGGCUGAAGCCAGUUGAGCUCACAGGGAUGGCAGGACUUCGGCAGCAUGGUGGGGCCGAGGGGCCACACUGGGGCAUGGCUGGUGGCCAGAUGCUUCUUAAGAGGCAGAAUGAAAGCCUGGACUCUGGACACUGAGACCUCCAUGCUGGCAUCCCCCAUGUUGUGGACAUCCCAUCCCCUGCAUCCCCCUGGCCAGACCCUUUGGGUAGGAGCGCCCUGGGACACAGGAUGGGGCUGCCUGGGGCUGGCAGCUGUUGGGUGCUCCAGGGUGUCUCUGCUGGCCCACAGGGUCCCCAGUAAUUGCUGGUGUAUGUGUGCCAGCAAGAGGCAGCGGCAGGAUCGCCUUUGUUUUCUCCCAGCAUGUCAGUCUUCAUUAAACCAGAGGGGAAUGAAAAAGGAUUCACUUUUGUCCCAGCCUGAACGCGGCAGCUGUUUAAUUUCAAUUAACGUGGCACUGAAAAGAAUAACAUUACGGUAGUAAUUAAAGUGAGACAACUCCCACCCCCAGGACUGCGGCUCACCCAGCAGAGGGGCCAAUUUGACCACCCUGUCCCCUCAGCACUAGUCAAGCUUAGGUGGGCAGCUGUGGGUCAGGGCUGCGGGGCUGCCCCACAGGCUCAUAGAGAGCUGGAGCAGGGUCAAGCCCUUCCAGACAGGCACUGCCCACAGCUCAUCACGGUGUGGCACAUGUGUUGGUACAAUGCAGCAUGGCAUUGCAUAUGGCACAAUGCAACAUGGCGCAGCACAGCACACAGCACGAGGCUCUGUACCCCAGGAUGCUCUGUGCCCCAUGGAGGCUCUGUGCCCCAGCUGUCGCUGCCUGAACAAGACUGAAAUCCCUUGCAACUGGCAGAAAUUAUGGUCAAAUUGUUGUGUUCUGGCCGGGGGGGUCAGCAGCCCUGUUAGCAGAACUGUUGGUGCUGCGCCUGCUCCCACCGCCUGUGGCUGCAACCCGCUGGUGGAGCAGGUCGUCAUAGCAACCGAUGAUUUCUAUUAUGGUACAUCUGCAUUCACCUUCUGGGCCCAGCCUGGCCUUGGAAAUUUCCAGUUAAAACACUUACCUGUGAAACUGCACUGAGUGUCAGCAAGGGACAGCACACAGCACAGGGAGCCCUGUGGCACCGGCACAGGCCAGCGGCAAGUCUGUGCCCACACUCAGGGUGCUGCUGGCCCUCAGAGACCCGUUCUGCUUCUCUGAGCACCCGGGCACUGUGGAGUGGCCCCAGGCAGGGCGAGUCUACCGGCCACACACACGCUCAGCCUUCUCUGGGCACACUCAGCCUCUGCUGGGGCCUGUGGCCUGUGGCUCCACCAGGACGUGCCCCUGCAGUGGGUCUCCCCGGCCCUGCCCUGAGCACGGGGUGCGAAGCAGAGGGGCCACACUGGGGAGGCUGCUGUGUCUGGCUGUCCCAGGGCACAGCCCCAAGUGUGGCACCACUGCUCACCCCGCUGCCACCCAGCCCUGGCUGCAGGCCUGUGGCGUGUCCUGGGACCAGCCGCAGGCUGAGUACAGCCUGAGGACAGGGCAGGGGCAGUGUGAGGGUGGCAAGGCCCCGCCAUGGCAGGAGGGUGUUGCCGUGCCCUGGCCCAGUUCUGAGGAUGAUGCCCAGAACCUGGUGACCUCAUGGUGGCAGACAGGGAAGUGCCACAGCGUGCUAGGGACACAGAGCGGUGAGGAGGAUCAUGGCCCAGGAAGACCGCGGUGAGGACUGGCUACCGGGGGCAGAAGAGACAACACCAGAGCUGAGCGACUCCAUCCAGCAGCUUCAGCAGGAGACAGAGGCCUGGCAGCCCCAGAGCCAAAGGCAAUCGUUGGUGCUGGAGCCACAGCCUGGGGAGCCCAGAGUAUGCCAGGAUACACAGCAGCAGGAGCUGGAGCCAGCUGAUGUACUGGCCACGAUACAGGCACUGCAGCGGGACCUGGACUUCUGCAGGGAUGUGAACCGCAAGCGACUGGCCCAGCUGCAGCAGCAGGAGUGUGAAAUGGAGCAGGAGCACCAGGACUUGGUCUCUCUGAUGCAGCAGUGCCACGUGCUGAUAGACAAGGUCAGUGAUGCACCUUUCCACCUGAAGGACCAAGCAGUGCAGACAGAGGUCACCUCCAAUGUGGCUGCCCACAGCCAUUCUGUCACCAGCCACAAUAUCCCAGUGGAGAGCAGAAAGCUGCUCAAGCAGCUGGGGACACAGGAGAACCAGGGCCCGCAGCACAGCCCAGCUCAGCUGAAGGAGCAGUUGGGAGCCACCGAGGCCCAGAAGAAGCAGAGUCUGCACCAGCUGAGUGGAGCUGAGGAGACCAUCCAAGGCCCCCACCAAGAAGUGGUAGAGCUGCAGCAACAGCUUUGCGGGCAGGUGCAGGACACAGCCAACCUGCAGGAAGAACUGGCCCAAGCCUGGCGAGAGAGCACCAAGCAGGAGAAAAAGAUCACAGUCCAUAAGACACAACGGCAGCAGCUCCAUCAGGGGCUGAGGAAGAGUUCUCAGCAACAGAGCAAGCCAGAGGAGAGGCUGCAGGACCUGAGCAGACAAGCCCAACACUGGCAGCAGCUACAUGUGGACAGUGAGAGAGCUCUGGCUCUGCGAGAAGAGGAGCUGGUUGUCUGCAAGGUGGAGCUGGCUUUCCUUAUGGAAGAGCUCAGCAAGGUGACAGAGCAGGUGGAGGAUACAAACAGGCAUUCAAGACACGCCAGGCAGGAUGCAGGAGAACCCACAUCUCACAGUCAGAACACCUGAGCAGCCCCACAAGUGUCAGCAGCUGAAAAAGUUCUACAGGGCAACAACCUGACAGCACCAGCCUUGCACAAUUCUGCAGAGCUGCCUCCACCCAAUACUUGCCUCUGGGACAAGAAGCAGCACAAAAGAAAGCAAGGAUUAAGACUGACAACCUUUAAACAAAUAAAAUUCUUUCUGUUCUGUAGCAAAA